AACGUCCUUCUGUUGGAAAGCGACGCAUUGAAACAUUUAUUAAGGACAAUUUGCAUGCUUUGUGGCACAGCAGAUACCGCGCGACGCUUGUCUGCGCCCUCUCUCUGUUGUGGGUAGCCGCAUUGCCUUGGCAUAUCAAGAUGGCGGCAUAAAACUUCUGAGCGGAAUGUUUUUUCGUCCGGGCGGCCCUCGUUGGAUGCUGUGAAAUUUCUCACCGGUCAGCACUCGCCAGGUCAUUCAGCAAUGAGGCACAAGAUGUUCAUCAGCCGCACCGUGCUGGUGCGAAAUAACCAAGUUGAAGAGGCGUUCCGUGUGCUGAACAGGAUCCUUGGCAUGGAAGGGAUAUUCGAGAGAUAUCGAGCAACCCUGUACUACGAGAAGCCCACCAAGAUGCGACGCCGUAUCAGCUACGAAAUAUGUAAGGCCAUUUAUGACGAAGACAUGGCACGUAGAAUACAGUUCACCUUGCGGAAAAACAGAGAAGACCCGUGGCUCGGCAACCACUGACGUUGUAGGGAAUAUUUUAUGUAGCUGCUACUUGUCAUCUGUACAGACUGUUAAGAUAAAAAGAAUUGCACGCACGACA